AUGGCGGAAGAACAGGGUUUGCCGCAGCUUGUGACAGAAGCAGGCGACAAAACUGAUUUGGAAGCAGAGGGGGCAAAGAACGAGUCGGAAGACUAUUCCGUUUUCACAUCUUCAGAGUCUUCGGGUGGAUAUGGCACUAACAGGUCUCGCAUUAGGGCCAAAAGGCUACUGCUUAACCUGCUUUUGGGACUGGUUGCUGUCACUGUAGUCGCGUCCCACGUUCAACUAAUACGGGCCACCUUGCGAAGGCGUCAGGCGUAUCGAAGUGUAGUAACCCACGAGCAGCGACCUGAGAUUUCGCACUAUGUAAAAUAUGCGCCUCUUCCACAGACAGCAGAUGAGCCUGAGCAAGCCCAUCCUACGUCAGGAGAAGAUAGUGAGGGGAGGCAUGAGGAGUUGCCUUCCCCCACAGUUUUGCCGAUUCCAGAGGCUUUUGACAAAGACACUGGGGAUGGGAUUUUGAUCGCCCGUGUGUCUUCCAAAGAAGAGCGUGAAGAUGCCCCUCGGCGCGAAGACAGAGCACCCUUACUUGGGGCUGAAGAGAAUAUAGUUGAGAUUGAAGAGAAUGCUGACUCUGCGGUGGAAACUAGUAUUACUCCAGAAGAGAGCGCUUCAAGUAAUGACGAGGCUGACGUCCCUCCAGUUGAGGCUGCUUCGGCUGACGUCCCUCCAGUUGAGGCUGCUUCGGCUGACGUCCCUCCAGUUGAGGCUGCUUCUGCUGACGUCCCUCCGGUUGAGGCUGCUUCGGCUGAAAAGAGAGAUCCAUUCAAAGGUUUGGAGGACGAACUAGCUGCUUUGGAGGUUUUGAUAAAUGACUCGGGGCCCACUCCACGUGAGCCAGGAAGUCCGCCAGCUGACACUACGGCCUCUUCACAUGUGAGGGAGCCUUUGGAGACUAUUAAGGAGUCUGAGGCAGAGGAAGCAUCGGACGAAGCAACAACGGUUGCAUGCAAGGAGCCUGCAACAACGGAAAAAGAGGCUUCACCGGAGAGUCACGGUCAGUCUGCCUCUGAUGCAUUGUCUGGUCCCAUGGAGGCACUCAAGUUUCCCCAGCAAGAGGUGCCUCUCCCCGAAAUCCCUGUCGAAACAAAGCCUCAGCGGCGACACAGAAAGGCACCGAAGUCACCACCGAAGGAACCACCUCCGAAGCCCCCACGGAGGCCGGCGCCUUCUCCUGAAUCUGCCGAGAGGCUGGAGGUGCCAACCCUCAUAUCGACCCUCACAGAAUCACCGUUCGACGCGAUGUAUAAAGUCGACGACAGUGAUUUGGAACCGUAUAGAAGCAUGCUUGAGGGGAACCUUGAAGAUAUAGUGUUUGUCCAACAGGUUCCAGUACCCAAGCAGCAGCUGGUGGACUUCACAAGUGGAAGCUGGCUCGAUACCACAGUUAUGCAUAUUUACUGCGCGCUUGUAGCUAAACACAUCGAUAGUCGGGUUUCGUUAAAGCAACAGAAGGACGUGGCAGUGCUCAGCCCCGUUGAUUACGCCACCAUGUGGCAGCUCUUUUUGAAUGACCAUCGCAUUCCGAUGCCAUCGGAGAGCGACAUCACACGUUCACAAACGGCUUCAAAGGUGGUUUUUCCUUUGAUGGUGCCAUUAUGGGACUGGAGCGCAAACGAGUAUUCUGGCUCUGUGGGGCAUUUCAUCACUGCAGUUAUUGACCGAGAGAACGCACGCAUUUCCGUUGUGGACAGUCUCCCUCACCCUGAACCCUUCUACGGGCCUAUUCUCGAAUUCCUGCGGCAUGUUGCCUUGCAGCUACACAAUCCAGCGUCGGGGCCUGUGCCGCAGUACAAAGCAUCUCCACACAAUCCUGAGCCAGGAUUCCCAUUGCAAAUGGAGGCUUUUGGUGUGAUUAACGCCCAAACUAAGGAUUACAGUAAUGCUUGUGGCCCGUUCACCCUGGAGAACAUUUUAUGCAUUGCUGAGAAUCGGAAGCCAAACUACUCAAUUCGGGAUGCCCCCAAUUUGCGGAAGCGCUUGCUAUUGGAACUAUUGAGCGGUCUUUGGGAUCGUCCUCUGCAGUCAGGAGAGCUACGUGUCUCGUUAGAAUGA